AUGAGUUAUUUUGUGUCCACGUCUGACUCUCCGAAUUUCGGAGAGCUUUCGAAUCCUAUGGACUCAAAGGUUCCGGAAAACUUGAUCGUGCCAUCGUCCGUUGAUGAUAUGUUUGACCUGGCAGCCCCACCACUGGAGAUGCCCGUGGUGGCUCGUCUCGUACCACUCGUUUCCAGUUUACACGAGCCGAUUCCUAUUCAUCAGGAUGACGGAGUUAUCACGCUUGGGCGUUCUAAGGUGUUGCCGCCCCUCUAUCGCAUUGAUGCAAGUGACAAGGUGUCCUCUAAGCAUUGCGAGCUUUCUGUGAAUGUGGUUACUUUGAGAGUUACGUUGAAAGACAUAUCAACAAAUGGUACGUACAUCAAUAGCGAGAGACUGAAGAGAGGCGUGGUGGUGUCUCUGAACCCUGGUGAUCAUGUUUCUUUGACUAGACCACUCCCCGCAUCACCUUCCGGGCUGGACACGCAAUCAGGCACAUCUUCUGUAGGCUCUGUGGAGUUUAUUUUUCAGCGCCUCAAAAAUGAGACUACUGUCGACCUCGUCCUGAAAAAGUUUACCUGUGCGAUAUGUAACUCCGUGUACCUUCGACCUUGUAGCGUGUUGCCCUGCAUGCAUGUCUUUUGUGGGUCCUGUAUUAGUCAGCGCCUGCGCCAGCAGCAUUUCAAGUGCGUGGUGUGUCAUAUGCCUAUUGACGAAGUACAACUCACACACAAAGUUCAGAGUGGUGUGGAGCAACUACUGGCGGCUGCACCCAUCUACCGCCGCUCGGCUGAAGAGGAACAGCGGCUGGAAGCACUCGACGACAUUCCGGCUACAGGUCGAGUGGUUCUAAAGGAUCACAAGCGGCAGCGGGAUGACGGAGACGAUCAUAUCCAUAGUGACGAUGAGGAGGGUUCUUCCACCGGCCCAAGCGCCCUUGGCAAUGGUUGCCCUGCUACGCUUAUCAAUCCACGUGCCGUAUUUAUGGGCUCCUAUGGACAUGCUACCGCCACACCUGAUUCGCGUUGCCGGCAGUGUCAGGUGGCCUCGACUGUUGACGGCUUCCAGUGUAUGGAGGGAACUUCCCACCUGACUUGUCAGGCCUGCAGGACGCGUUUUCCCGAACGACCACUCUGUGGUCGGCCCCAGAAGUGCCACCUGUGCAGCAUUCCGUUUUGCAACCUGUAUUUCGGAGAAGAGGGUGGCUGCCCAGCAGUGGGGCUUUCAACUCUUGAUGAUAAUAAAUCACCUGUUGGUCUACGCCCUCUCUCUACCCACGCCUUUUCCAGCAUCCCUCCGAGAGCAUUUGCUGGCAAUACCACAGAGCAGGCUAUAUUCUCUGCAUAUCUCUCAGAUCACAAUAUUUCCGUAUCUACUCUUUGGGACGAAUGCAUAGGGAUCCUCCGAGAUGGCAAGUGGAGGAUAGACCUGACAAUUCUCAAUGGACCAGUUACGGCCGAAGCACCCGUGUGUUCACGUUGCGCAGAGUCUGUCUUUUCCUCACUUCUUUUUAUCUACCGCAACAUCAUUCCGACAAAAGAGUUGCCGGAGUCAGUGACGGAGCGCCCGAAUUGCUGGGAUGGCAUCAACUGCAGCCUACAAUUUCAAAAGGCGGAACACGCGAAGACCUACAACCACGUGUGCUACCAAGUAAAGCGAAAGGAAUAA